CGUAUUUUUUCAUUUAAGCUAAUAAUAAUAAUAAGAAGAAGUCCUUUAUUAGUCCUGCAAUGCGGAAAUGUGCAAUAUUAUUGCACAGACAGACGAAUUUGGCACAGUGAAUGAGUUGUGCAUAUUCAUGUGCAUGAGUUCUUCACUGGCCUGGUCAUGCUGAUAACACCAUUCUGACUGUGGUAAGUAAACACCCAAACACACACCGACAGAUAACACAUGCCAACACACACUGGUUAGACGAAAGCCAUGAUCCUGACAGGUCGCAGUUUGUGUCUUCCUUCUCCAGGCACUGUUCAGGAACUGUUUUCUGUGGCUCGAGAUGCCAGCAUCGUUCCUGAUAUCUCCUUGGACCCGGUCCUCACCACCUUCCUGUCACUGGACUCCCCUGCAGCACUGCUGCAUCAACAUGUCUUCCUACAGCGGAGCAUGAGCAGGGAGCAGCAGGCUCAAUUCAGCAUGAGCCUGACCAGAGAGCUGGGAGGCAGCAGCGGGGUCACCUAUGGAGGAGUUGGGGUUGUUGCUCUAGCUCUGUCUCUGCUUUUUGACCAGAUUGCUCAACAAGUCCGAACACAAGGAUCAACCGAGGGAGACCUGUCAACUCAGAGACCCCAAAAGGAUAUUUUUGGCAUCAGCAGCUCUUCAAGAAUUGGCAGGAUUAUCUAUAGCUACCUGCGCCUGAUCCCUGGCCUUGCUAACAAUGAGGAGAAGAUGGCUGAGACUACAGAGCUCUAUGACAGCUGGCUGAAACUUGAGCUAAUCGACCAUUAUGAGAGGAUGACCACUAAAAAGAGGAUGAGUUCAGUGUCCAUGCAGCAGUGGCUGACAGGAGCUGCAUUUCAUCUGCACAUGAGAAUACACCAGGUGCGACUGCGCUCUGUGCCAUUAGGAUCAGCAGAGUCACUGCGUCUGUCUUAUAAGUCGGGGAUAGGUCGCCUGGUUCAGGGCUACACAGCCUAUCUACGCAGAAACAUCCAGGAAACAGCUCCUGGUUCACAAAAACCCUCAACUGGGACAACCGGUCGACCAAGACAAACCAAGACAUCGAACAUAACCAAUAUGGCCUGCUCUGGUAAUCACCUUUUUAAUGGUAGCCAGGUUAGUACAAGUAUCUCCACUGGAUUCAAUGAGACGACUGCACCUAAUUCAUCUGCUGACAGUAGCAGAAGCUGUGAAACACAUGGAUCCAGAGAAGAGUUUGGAGUCAGUGUGUCAAAAGGAAGCAAUGAAACUCCUGUAAGUAUGGGAGACAAUAAGACACUCACCAAUAUGACUGAAUAUAACAGGGAUGAGGAAGCAGGCAUGCUGGGCCUGUUAGUCAUUGAACCAGGAAGGAAUGUGAGUCACAAUGUCCAGCAUCACCCCUGUGAGUCUCCAGCCAUACAACAAGCUUUGGUGACUCGUGUUAUAAAUGCUCAGGACCUGGAGCGAAAUGGAAAUGUUUUCCUGUUCCCUGAGAACAUUCUCCGCAACUUGUGCAGGCAGAGGAAUGACCUUGAGUUAAAGACAAGUUAGACUGGUCUGAAUAGUGUGGAGUUACAGUCUCUCAAAUUAAACAUUGUGCUCUUAUCUUUAGGACACUAUCUCUCACCUUUUUUAUUUUUAUUCUUAGUCUGCAUUAAAGUGGUUGUCAGUCCCCUUUAACUUAGCAGAGAUGUGACAUAUCCUAAUACUAAAAAUUGUAAUACUAAUAAAUUACAUUAAUGACAGAUCUUAAAUGUUCUGCAUUUACAUUACCAGAGAUUUGUAUGUUGUUGUCACCAUUUCUUACUUCACUGCUAUAAUUCAUUGUAAUUCUUU